UGGAAACGAGGGAGGUAAUCACAGGAAGGGAGGAAAUUCAAGUUUUCCUCGGAGGAUUUCCGAAUGAAGUUAAUUCAAAGUUGCGGAUAGGACUCCCAAAUUUGGGCGGUUCAAAUAAGCGCAAGCUGCAAUAAUUCUCCGGGGAAAUUCCAAAGUUGCUUCCUAUCCUGCCAAAUUUCUAAUAUUGUUCUUUUGCUCAAUUUUAGUUGAAAUAACAAAAUUAAUUCAUUUGUGCUAUUUGACAUUCUAAUCAUAUUUAGUUUUACCAAUUCAACUUUUUUCUUUUGUCUUUGAUUCCCAUUUGUCUUCUAGAUAUUUGUGUUUUGUUCUAUUAGGAAGGAAAUUGGCUCGGAUGCUAGGCUAGCAUUAGGCUUAACAAAAUAUCUCAGGUAAAAACGCUUGCUAAAGCUUUUGAGUGGCUUCUGCUUCAUUUGAUAAUUGUUGAUGUGUUUGAGCAAUCCUAUUAAAAGAUAGUAUCGCUUAGGGCUUGUCUGGUUCAAUGAUUGGCAGUCAUCGGCCAAGACUCGAAGCUGAUUCAAAAAAAUUAUGUUCAUUUUAUUUUCCAACUUAUUUACUUUAAUCGAGCUAGAGAGUUGCACUUAGCACGUAUAUGUGAUAGUACCCCAUUUGAAUAAUAUUAAUAAAAAAUUGAAUUAAAUAAGGAAAUCACUUGACUACAUGCAAUCUCUAUACAAAUUGCUUAUUUAAAAAAUGACGGACCCUUGAGUUAUUAUUUUAGCACCAUGUGGCAACUGUACUAUUCUUUUUUUUUUUUUUUCUGAGAAUACAAAUAUUACAAUUCUUGAUGUCGACUCAAGCCAAGAAAAGAGGAGGAAAAUCUUAAUCUUGACCAAGGACUAUACAUACAUGUACAUAUAUAUUGGAGAGUGCGUAUGUAGAUAGGAAAAGAGACCAUUAAUGGACAUAAUGCAUACUUUUCAAUUCUUCUCUUUCUUGGCUUUAACUUUGUUAUGGACCCCAAGUGCAGCAGCCGAGGGAAGCACCAGGGCGAAGGAUAGUAACCCUGUUAAAGGCAUCAUUGGUGCUAUUAUAGAUGAAAGUUCUCGUAUUGGUAAGGAAGAAAGAGUAGCAAUGGAAAUUGCAAAGGAAGAUUUUUAUAGCUACAGCAACCAAAGUUUAGCUCUGCAUAUAAAGGACUCUCAAGGGGAUCCCGUCCGAGCAGCUCUAGCAGCUAAGGAACUUAUUGGCACACAAGAAGUGAAAGCCAUUCUAGGACUGCAGACUUGGGAAGAGGUGUCAGUAGUUGCUGAUACCAGCAGUCAAAAUCAGGUUCCAAUUCUUUCUUUUGCUGACACUAUUCCGAAAUGUGCAGCGGAGAAAUGGCCUUUCCUACUCCAAGCUUCACCAAACAAAUACAAACAAAUGAAAGUCAUUGCUGCAAUUGUGCAGUCAUGGAAUUGGCAUCAGGUCACUGUAUUAUAUGAAGAAUCCAUGGCAGGUGGAGUCAUACCACAUCUUUAUGAUGCCCUGAGAGAAGUAGGUGCAGAAAUCAGGCAAGUUAUUGGCCUUUCUCCUUUCGCUGCUGCUUCUUCCUUGUCUGAAGAUCUUGAAACUCUUCAAAGAGAAGAGUGUAGAGUCUUUAUUGUUCAUACCUCCUUAUCAUUGGCUGCACGCCUAUUCGAAAGAGCAAACAAAUUGAAGAUGAUGGAAACGGGCUAUGUAUGGAUCAUUACAGACCCCAUUACAAGCCUUGUCCAUUCAGUUAAUGCCUCUAUCAUCAAUUCUAUGCAAGGAAUUGUAGGAGUCAAAAGCUACUUCCCUGAAACAGGAGAAUGUUUUCAAGAUUUUUACAAAAGAUUUCGCAAAAGAUUUAGCACACAAUAUCCUGAUGAGGAUAACAAUGAGCCAGGAAUUUUUGCAGUGCAGGCCUAUGAUGCUUGCCGGACAAUGGCUUUAGCAAUCAAUGAAACUAAUCUUGGGGACCAGGAAUUAUUGGCAACAGUUUUGCAUACCAAAUAUCACGGCUUAUCUGGAAAUUUUCAAUUCAGCCAUAAAGUGGCUAUGGUGAAUACAUUUCAGAUCAUCAAUAUAAUGGGAAAGAGUUAUAGGGAACUUGGGUUUUGGUCAAAUGACUCUGGCUUCUCGAAGACCAUUGGUGAAGGUGCUAAUUACAACUCUUCAAUGAAUGAACUGGGCCAAGUUUUCUGGCCAGGGGCACCUCAGUAUACACCAAGAGGAUGGUCUUUGCCUACAAGCACCAACCCACUAAGAAUCGGUGUCCCUGUCAUGUCAGGUUACACAGAGUAUGUGAAUGUGCAACAAAAUCUCUUGGGAAAUAAUUUGUUUUUCUCUGGUUUUGCAAUUGAUGUCUUCUAUGCUACACUAGAACGCUUGCCAUUCUAUUUGCCAUACAAUUUCAUUCCCUUCAAUAGAACUUACGAUGAGCUGGUAGAGCAAAUUCAUCUAAAGAAUUUUGAUGCAGUAGUUGGAGAUGUAUCAAUAGUUUCCAACAGAUAUAAGCAUGCGGAAUUUACUCAGCCCUACACUGAAACAGGAUUGAUGCUGAUAGUUCCCACUCGAUCAACAUCCUGCAAUGCAUGGUUAUUUAUGAAGCCCUUCACAAAUUCCAUGUGGGCACUAAUUGCAGCCAUAACUGUCUAUAAUGGUUUUGCUGUUUGGUUGAUAGAGAGAAAUCACUGCAAUGACCUCAGAGGCUCCCUCAUAAACCAAAUAGGAGUCAUUCUAUGCUUAUCCUUCACCACUCUUUUCUCCUUGCAUGGGGAAAAAUUGCACAGCAAUCUAUCAAGGAUGUCAAUGGUAGUAUGGUUGUUUGUGGCACUAGUCAUAACACAGACUUACACUGCAAACCUUGCCAGUGUGCUCACCGUCCAGAGGCUUGAACCUACAGAAGUAGACGACAAUUCAAUGGUUGGAUAUUGUAGAGGUUCCUUUAACCAAAAGUAUUUGGUUGAAGUUUUAGGCUACGAUGAAAAAAGGUUGCGGCCUUAUUCCAGAAUAGAUGAAUAUGCACAAGCCCUCAAGAACAAGGAAAUUGCUGCUGCUUUUCUUGAAGCUCCUCUGGCGAAAGUGUUCUUUGGAAGAUACUGCAAGGGCUUUAUGCAAGUUGGGCCAACAUACAAAGUUGGAGGAUUUGGAUUUGCAUUUCCACGAGGGUCUCCAUUAUUAGCUAGCAUGAAUGAAGCUCUACUGAAGGUAUCAGAAAGUGGAAAGCUUCGAGAGCUAGAAAACGGAAUGCUUGCAUCAAACAAGUGUAGGGACAACGAUAUGGAAUUGGAAGAUGAAAAUCCCAGCCUGGGGCCCAACUGCUUCCGAGUACUCUUUAUAACAACUGGAGCUACAUCAUCACUUGCUCUCGUCUCCUAUAUUUUGGUUAAAGGUAUUUGUAUGCUGGAACACAAAUCAAUAUGGAAACUGAUGUUGGCUGUUAUGAAACACUGGCGCUUUCAAAAGAAGCAUUUCACUGGAAGAGUAAGCAAUGCUGACCUCCAUGGUAAUUCCACCCCAGAUGCAUUACACCCAGUUUAGACAUCAAAUUUUAGAAAUUCUUUUUCCACUUUGUACAUCAUGAAUUCAAAUUAGCAAUAUGUACAAAGCUACACCAAUAUAUCUAAUAACACACUGACCUUUGUAAUGGAAAUA